GUCUCCUUCUCGGAGGACCAACCUCCGUACAGCCGGGCUUAGUCCGGUCCUGCGCUGAGAAAGGAUGACGGCAAUCAAGCACGCAUUACAAAGAGACAUUUUUACACCAAAUGAUGAGCGACUCCUGAGCAUCGUAAAUGUCUGCAAAGCAGGAAAAAAGAAAAAGAACUGUUUUUUGUGUGCCACAGUGACAACUGAACGCCCUGUGCAGGUGAAGGUGGUCAAAGUCAAGAAAUCUGACAAAGGAGAUUUCUACAAAAGGCAGAUUGCAUGGACCCUUCGAGACCUUGCUGUCGUAGAUGCCAAAGAUGCUAUUAAAGAAAACCCUGAAUUUGAUCUACAUUUUGAAAAAAUCUAUAAGUGGGUUGCCAGCAGCCCUGCUGAAAAGAAUGCAUUUAUUUCAUGCAUUUGGAAGCUGAACCAACGGUACCUCCGAAAGAAAAUCGACUUUGUCAGUGUUAGUUCACAACUCUUGGAAGACUCUGUUCCAAGUGGAGAAAAUCAGAGCGUGGCAGGAGGUGAUGAAGAAGCAGUCGAUGAGUACCAAGAGUUAAAUGCAAGAGAAGAGCAAGAUAUUGAAAUAAUGAUGGAAGGCUGUGAAUAUGCAAUCUCUAAUGCUGAGGCCUUUGCAGAAAAGUUGUCCAGAGAGCUGCAGGUGCUCGAUGGGGCCAACAUCCAGUCCAUCAUGGCAUCUGAGAAGCAGGUGAACAUUCUGAUGAAGUUGCUGGAUGAGGCUUUAAAGGAAGUGGAUCAGAUUGAAUCGAAACUGAGCAGUUAUGAGGAAAUGCUCCAAAGUGUAAAAGAACAAAUGGAUCAGAUCUCUGAAAGCAACCACCUAAUUCAUCUUAGUAAUACCAAUAAUGUGAAACUCUUGUCUGAGAUAGAGUUCCUUGUGAACCACAUGGACCUGGCCAAGGGUCAUAUCAAGGCACUUCAGGAAGGAGAUCUUGCCUCUUCUCGAGGCAUUGAGGCCUGCACCAAUGCCGCCGAUGCCCUUCUGCAGUGCAUGAAUGUAGCUCUUCGACCAGGCCAUGACAUGCUUCUGGCAGUCAAACAACAACAGCAGCGUUUCAGUGAUUUGCGGGAGCAUUUUGCCCGGAGACUGGCCAGUCACCUCAACAAUGUUUUUGUUCAACAGGGACAUGAUCAGAGUUCAACUCUUGCUCAACACUCUGUUGAAUUGACUUUACCUAAUCAUCAUCCAUUUCACCGAGACUUGCUCCGAUAUGCCAAGCUGAUGGAAUGGUUAAAGAGUACAGAUUAUGGAAAAUAUGAGGGACUAACAAAGAAUUACAUGGACUAUUUAUCACGACUGUAUGAGAGAGAAAUCAAAGAUUUUUUUGAAGUUGCAAAGAUCAAGAUGACAGGUACAACUAAAGAAAGCAAGAAGUUUGCUACACUGCCCCGAAAAGAAAGUGCUGUCAAACAAGAAACAGAGAGUCUUCAUGGAAGUUCUGGGAAGUUAACUGGAUCUACUUCUAGUCUAAAUAAGCUCAGUGUCCAGAGUUCAGGGAAUCGCAGAUCUCAGUCAUCUUCCUUGUUGGAUAUGGGAAACAUGUCUGCGUCAGAUCUCGAUGUUGCUGACAGAACCAAAUUCGAUAAGAUAUUUGAACAAGUACUGAGUGAACUGGAACCCCUGUGUCUAGCAGAACAGGACUUCAUAAGUAAAUUUUUCAAACUGCAGCAACAUCCAAGUAUGCCUGGAACAAUGACUGAAUCAGAAGACCUGGACGGAGGAACGUUUUCACGGCAACAUAAUUCUGGCACGCCACUGCCUGUUUCAUCUGAGAAAGAUAUGAUCCGCCAGAUGAUGAUUAAAAUAUUUCGCUGCAUUGAGCCAGAACUAAACAACUUAAUUGCACUAGGAGACAAAAUUGAUAGCUUUAACUCCCUUUACAUGCUAGUCAAAAUGAGUCAUCAUGUGUGGACUGCACAGAACGUGGACCCUGCCUCUUUUCUAAGUACUACAUUGGGAAAUGUUUUGGUGACUAUCAAAAGGAAUUUUGACAAAUGCAUUAGUAACCAAAUAAGGCAAAUGGAAGAAGUGAAAAUCUCAAAGAAGAGUAAAGUAGGAAUUCUUCCAUUUGUGGCGGAAUUUGAAGAAUUUGCUGGACUCGCAGAAUCAAUCUUUAAAAAUGCCGAGCGCCGUGGAGAUCUAGAUAAAGCAUACACCAAACUUAUCAGAGGAGUAUUUGUUAAUGUGGAGAAAGUAGCAAAUGAAAGCCAGAAGACCCCUCGGGAUGUCGUUAUGAUGGAGAACUUUCACCACAUUUUUGCAACUCUCUCCCGUUUAAAAAUCUCAUGUCUGGACGCUGAAAAAAAAGAAGCCAAACAAAAAUACACAGAUCACCUUCAGUCUUACGUCAUUUACUCUUUAGGACAGCCACUUGAAAAACUAAAUCAUUUCUUUGAAGGUGUUGAAGCUCGUGUGGCACAAGGUAUAAGAGAGGAAGAAGUGAGCUACCAACUUGCAUUUAACAAGCAAGAGCUUCGUAAAGUCAUUAAAGAGUACCCUGGAAAGGAGGUGAAGAAAGGGCUGGAUAACCUCUACAAGAAGGUUGAUAAACAUCUGUGCGAAGAGGAGAACUUACUGCAGGUGGUAUGGCACUCCAUGCAAGAUGAAUUUAUACGCCAAUACAAGCACUUUGAAGGCUUGAUAGCUCGCUGUUAUCCAGGGUCUGGUGUGACAAUGGAAUUCACAAUUCAGGACAUUUUGGAUUAUUGUUCCAGCAUCGCACAGUCCCACUAAACCUUCUAAAAGAAGAAACGAUAAACUAAUAAAGAACUCUUAAGUACCCCAGGCACUGUUCAAAACAAUGAAGCUACU